UCAUCCGAUUGCUCAUAAAUCCUGAUGGCGCUUGUGACUAGCAAAGUAGCCUCAUCUUCCUCUUUCUCUUUAACGCAACAACCCAAGAACUUUCAAAUCUUUUUGAGUUUCAGAGGUGAAGAUACCCGCCUUAGUUUUAUAAGCCAUUUGUAUAAUGCUUUAUGUCAGCAAGGUAUUAACACCUUCAUUGAUGAUAAGCUCCCAAGGGGAGAAGAAAUUUCUGCAGAACUUCUCAAAACCAUUGAGAACUCAACCAUUUCAAUAAUCAUAUUUUCUGAAAACUAUGCAUCCUCCACUUGGUGCUUGGAUGAACUUGUUAAAAUUGUUGAGUGUAAGAAGAAUGAUCAGUUGGUGCUACCGGUGUUUUACAAUGUGGAUCCAUCAGAUGUUAGUAACCAGAAAGGGAAGUUUGGGGAAGCACUCACUCAACAUGAAGAAAAAUUUAAGGAUAACAAAAAGAUACAAAGGUGGAGGGAUGCUCUACAUGAAGCAGCCAAUAUAUCUCGUUGGCAUUACAAGCACAAUUGUACUGAAUUUGAAUUUAUCCAAAGAAUUGUUGAAGAGGUAUCAAAUUCAAAAUUUAAUCGAAUGCCAUUAUUUGUUGCUAAAUAUCCUGUUGGUAUAAGUUCUCGAGUUGAGGCCAUAAAAAUACUUUUAGAUAUUGAAUCAAAUGAUGUUCGCAUGGUAGGAAUCUAUGGCCUUGGUGGAGUUGGUAAAACGACAAUUGCAAAAGCUAUUUAUAAUAGGUUUUUUAAUCUUUUUGAUGGAAGUAGCUUUCUAGAGAAUAUCAGCCAGAAUUCAAAGACAAAUGGAGGUAUAACCCAACUGCAAGAGACACUUCUUUUUGAAAUCUUAGGGGAUAGGAAUUUGAAAGUGAGUAGCAUAUCGAGAGGAAUCAACAUGAUAAAUGAAAGUCUUUGUUGCAAAAGGGUUCUUAUAAUUCUUGAUGGCGUGGAUGAAUUAGAUCAGAUAGAAAGUUUGCUUGGAAAAUGUGAUUGGUUUGCUUCGGGAAGUAGAAUUAUUAUAACAACAAGAGAUAAGCACUUGGUAGCUCCUCUUGGAAAUGGUCUUUCAACCUAUGAGGUUAAGGGAUUAAAUGAACAAGAAGCUAUUGAACUUUUUAAUCAACAUGCUUUCAAGAGAAACAAACCCAAGGAAGAUUAUUUGGAACUUGCAAACCAAGUAAUACGCUAUGCGAAAGGUCUUCCAUUAGCUCUAACAAUAAUGGGUGCUGAUUUUUAUGGAAGAACAAAAGCUGAAUGGAAAAGUGCAUUACGUAAGUAUGAAAAAUUUCCUAAUAUAGGUAUUCAGAAAAUACUGAAAAUAAGUUAUGAAGAAUUAGAUGAAACUGAACGGGAUAUUUUUCUUGAUAUUGCAUGUUUCUUCAAUGGACAUUACAUGGAUUAUGUUGUGGAUAUACUAGAAACUUGUGAUUUAUACCCAAUAUCUGGUAUUCCAAAAAUUAUUGACAAGUGUCUUGUGACUGUUGAUCAAUAUAAUAAAUUGUCGAUGCAUGACUUGCUACAACAAAUGGGUAGGGACAUUGUUCGACAAGAAUCACCACAUAAGCCCAAAGAACGUAGCAGGAUAUGGUGUUAUGAGGAUGCUCUUGACAUACUAGCCAAAAAUAUGGGGUCAGAUAAAAUUCAAGGUAUAAUGUUGUGCUCACCUAAGCCAAUGACGAUGCAAUUAAAGAAGCAAUUUCUUAAGAUGAAAAAUCUCAGAUUUCUUAUAAUUCAUAAUCUAAACAGUUUUGGAUGCCUUGAAUAUCUUCCCAAUGAAUUAAGGUUUCUUGAUUGGCCUGGAUAUCCAUUUUCUUCAUUGCCAUCCAACUUUUGUCCUAAAAAAUUGGUUGCGCUCAACAUGUCUCGUAGUCGAUUGGAGAAUCAAUUCACACAGAAAUAUGUGAAUUUCAGUUGGUGUGAAUACAUUAGGAAAUUACCUGACUUAUCUCAGGCCCCAAACAUUAAAGAAUUGGAUCUUAAGUAUUGUACAAAUUUAGUUGAGGUUCAUGACUCCGUAGGGCGUCUUCAAAAGCUUGAAGUAUGGGAACUUAGCAAUUGCACUAAACUUCAAAUUCUUCCAAGCUACCUCAUGAUGAAAUCUCUUGCAUCUUUGACACUUACAGGUUGCUCAAGCCUCAAGAAGUUCCCUGAUAUUUCUCAAGAAAUGGAAUGUUUAGACAAGUUAGCACUGCACUCAACUGGUAUUUGUGAGUUGCCUUCAUCAUUUGGGAAUCUCAUUGGGCUUAAGACUUUACUCCUCGGAAACCAUUCACUAUAUCUUCCAAGCAGCAUUUAUAAAUUGCAACAUAUUGAGAGGCUCUCUCUUUAUGGUGAUGUCAUAUUUCCAAAGGAAUUGGAGAAUGAUAGGCAACCACCAUGCGAUUCUUAUAAAGGCCUUUCCCAAUAUAUUUUUCCGAGCUUGAAUUAUUUAUCUCUUAGUUUCUUUAAGAUUCGUGCUGAAAUAGAUUUUAUACUGACUUCUUGUUGCCCCUUCUCAUUGGAAAGUUUAUACAUCACCGAUAGCAAUGUUGUUACCCUCCCAAAAUUCUUUGGCAGAUUUGAGAGACUACAUAUGCUUUUUAUCGAAAGGUGCAAUAAGCUUCUGGAAAUUCCAAGUCUUCCACAAAGUAUAAUAAAAGUCCUUACAUCAAACUGCCACUCAUUGGAUUCACAAUUAUCAAGCAAAUUAUUCCUUCAGUUUGGAGAAAUUUUAGGGCUUCCACCAAAUAUAUCAUGUUUAGGUGUCAGAAGUGAUGAAUCAAUGGAUCCACAGUUAUCUAGUAGAAUAUCCCAAGAAGUUAGUGAAUAUGUAAUUAUACUACCUGGACAUGAGAUUCCAAGUUGGUUCAACCAUCAAAGUGUUGGAAGGUCCAUAUCAUUUUGGAUGGGUCCAGAAUUUCCAACAUUUGGCCUAUGUGUUGCUUUUGGAAUGGAGGAUGAUUAUAGCGAUUAUUGUUAUCAUGUCGACAUUUCUGUCAAUGGUAAUAGACGAACAUUUAGAAGAGGAAUCUUAUUCAAAAAUAGGUUUGACCAUCUUUGGUUUUACUGCAGACCUCCAAGCUCAUUGCAGAAGCAAUUUCAAGACUUGAACCUAGGCCGUCGGAAUCAUGUUGAGCUUUUUUGUGAAAUCUUUUUUCCACCUUUUGCACCAAAAAAAUCUACUCCUUUCAUUAAAGGAAUGGGAGUCCAUGUACAAUGUAUUUGUUCUCAUUCUCCUCCUCAGAAUUCUGGUAUCUUUCGUGACAACUAUGAAGAAGUCCAACCAAGACGUGGUCAAAUUUCAAAGAGAAUUGUGCACAAAAGGCUCAGACCUUCUCUUCUCCGAGGUCCAGGUUUCAUCCUACGCAGAUUGUUGUGCCAUACCGUAUGCCCAACCCGAAGUAUUUCUCAACAACAAUUACUAAAAGCACAAAAAAUCAACAUCAACAAUAGCCGCAAGAGAAGGAGGCCCUUAGUAGAAAGGAGUUGCAUAUGAUUGUGUGGAGCUAAAACUCGUUGCCAGUGUCUGAAGGAGGUGGGCUCCACAUAUUUGGUGGGAUUGACUUCAAUGUGUUCGAGGAAUUUGGAUAGUCCAAUGGGGAAUAUGAGAACAUCCUGAUAAAAGAUUUGAAUGAAGAUAUAUGUCAAGUACAACAGAGCCUACAUCAAGAGGGAAGAAGGAAUCACUCAGUGACUUAUUUCCAAUCUAAAAUUAAGAAGAAGACAGGAAGAUUGGUAGAUUCUUCUACUCAUUGAAGGGCAUAACAGAAAAAUGCUGCAACGAGGAUGAAUAGCCUACUUAACAAAAGACAGGGAGGGAAAAUAUUUGUUUAAAGGGUGUCAUUCCAGUAAAGACUUGAAUCCAAAGCACUCAAUAACGUUGGCAGCCAGGGAAGCUAUUCACCAAGCAAAAGCUUGAGGUUUCACUAGUAUGAUAAUCCUAACCAAGGAAAAACAAAUAAGUGAAAUAAUAGCAGGAAAGCAACAGCUAACUAGAAAGAUUCAAUACUGUUGGAAGACAUGGACGAAUGAAAGACUGAAGGCUAAUCCAUAGCAUGUUUUUUGGUUAAUGACUCGAUCCUAGCAACAUUUAAAAGCUAUGCUGAUCAGGCCUCUAUGUAUUUUGUAAACUAUUUGGAGCCUUAGUUUGGUCCAGAUUUCCUUAUUUGAUAUAUAUAAAAAUAAAAAUAAAAAAAUAAAGAAAACU